AUGGACCCCAUGGAAGUAGAACAGUGGCUAGCCAAGGUCACCCUUACGCUAGUCAAGAUGAGAGCUGAUGAUGCGGACAGAAUACUGAUGACAGUGUCCUUGCUGCAAGAUGCUGCAUACACCUGGUCAACUACCCAGCAGCUAGUCGAGAGGACCCACCAGCCAUCACUUGGCCAGAGUUCGUGCAACUAUUCAAAGACCACUUCAUACCGGAGGCCUACCGGAUCGGGAAGUAAAGGGAAUUUCUAG